AUGACUCGCGGAUGGAGAGGGAUUCGAACCCCCGGUAUUCCUAUCAAUACUUCGGUUUUCAAGACCGACUCUUUCAACCGCUCAGACAUCCAUCCCCUUCGCCCGCCCUUACGCCUAAGAAAUAGGCGUAAGUGGCUUAUCUAUGUGAUCGCUACGCUUUGCUUGUUUCUAUAUGAUAAUAUGCACCUUGGUUGCUGCGCUCCCCGCGGUAAAAAAGAGCAAGAGAGUGAAGAACGAAUGAUCUUCCAAACAAAAAGAGUGAUUGAGUCGCGAGUUCGACUCUCGUUCUAUCCAUGUUCAGCAGUCCUUGUCCAUGUUGGUACUGUUGAUGGCAGUACCGAUCAACUACGAGAUGCUUUAAAGUCGAUGUCUCAAUGUUCCCAAGAGUAG